ACACUCGCCCACAGUGUACUACAGAUAAGUACUAAAGGAACAGUAGACACUUGGAGAAAUGAAGAGUAGUAGUGCACUACGAAACGGAGUUAUCACUCUUUUUCACUCGCUAAACCCUAACCCUAAUUCAUAUAAAACAAUCCCAUUUCGUAAGUUCAUCUCCAUCAACAAAUCUUCCCUCCCGUCGCUCCCUACGUCUAACACCAACAAGUUACGGUUCUUUUGUUCUUCGAUGGCUCAAAGUGGAGAUUCUGUAUAUUCUUCUUCAUCAGUUGAGAAACAAUUUGAAGGGUUUCGUUCAACACUUGAAGAUUCUGGUAAAUUGAGAGAAAGAAUUAAAGCUGUUGCCGGAGAAAUCGAAUCAGCUGCUCGUUUUAUGCAUUCCGGUCUGCUUUUGGUUCAUCAAUCUCGGCCUGUUCCAGAGGUUUUGGAGAGGGCUAAAUCACAGAUUGAGGUAUUGAAGGCACUUUACAGUAACCUUGCUGAAAUUCUUAAAGAAUGUCCUGGGCAGUAUUAUAGGUUUCAUGGAGAAUGGAGGAGUGAAACCCAGACUGCGGUUUCGUUGAUUGUGCUUCUGCAUUGGUUAGAAACUGGAGAUCUCCUUAUGCAUAAAGAAACUGAGGCGAAGCUUGGAUUGGGUUCUUCGGAGUUUGGUCUUGAUAUUGAAGAUUAUCUCACAGGGGUAUGCUUCAUGUCCAAUGAGUUGCCGCGAUACGUGGUAAACCAAGUCACUGCUGGGGAUUAUGAUUGCCCAAGGAAGGUGUUGAAUUUCUUAACAGAGCUACAUGCUGCCUUCCGUAUGCUCAAUCUCCGCAAUGAUCUUUUGCGCAGGAAGUUUGAUGGGAUGAAGUAUGAUCUUAGGAAAGUUGAAGAAGUAUACUACGAUGUUAAGAUCCGAGGCUUGACUGCAAAUGGGGAUCCAGGUGUCCAAGGAUAGUACAACUCAAAGCCAUAGAUAGUCGUCAUGUCUCGUACUCAUCAAAAUACAAAGUUUCUAACUUCUGGAGUAGCAGUUUUUGUCUAAAUCUCAGUGAAUGGAUUUCUGACUAACUAAUCAUACCAGUGGACCUAAAUGCAGUUAGCUACUCACCAAUUUACAAUGUGCAGACAAUCUAGACAAUCAUUAUUAACCCAUGAUGCAAUGCUUUGUCACAUGAUUGGAUAUCAUGGUUCUUUUC